UUGAACCAUCACUGCUAAGUAGCUCACUUGUCAUGCGCUGAGAGUGCCAGUCAUGUCGUUGAUUAGCGACACAGAUUAUCUCAUCCAUCGACUUCGGUUGUCGUACCUGCGAGACGUUGAGGACCCCUAUGGGCCGCGUCUAAUCACCUUCGACGACGCAUACCAGAACAACCCCUACAUCACUGCUUCUUCCCUCGCAGACGAAGAGCAAUGGCCCGAACUCCUCUCGCCCCCAAGUCCUCCGCUUUCCGAAGACGAGGACGAUCGCCCUUCUGGCUUCCCUGGUGCUCGCCGCCUCAAGUACACUCAAACCAUAAUGGGAGGUCGCACAGGCGGUCUCGGACUACGUGUCAAUGGAAAACGCGCAUCGACGUCGAAGCGCAUGUCCAACAUCCCCAAAGCGGCCGACGUUAGGAGCAUCCUUUCCAACGACGACGAUGACGAGAAGCCCCCUCCAGUCCCCGAGAAGCCUGCGCAGGCCGCACCGCCUCUCAAUCAUGCCACAUCAUCUGCGACCAUGGUGGAAGACGCUGCAGCUGAAGACGAAGGCAAAGCUAGUGCGGAGGCGAUCGAUGUACAAGUGCACGAAGCAACGCCACCGCCAGAGGAAGAGCAGCCUGUGAACAAGGUCGUUCAGUUUAUUCCCAAGUUCAAGGGCGCCGCCGAGAUGGAGCGCAGAAGAAGACUCAGAAUGGCCGCACGCCCUCGCGGCGUGCCUCCCGCCAGCAACGCGCCUGCCAAACCCCUCAGCUUCGAUACGUCGUCAGAAGAGGAAGAUUCAUCUGAGGAGGACGAUCUCGGCGUGCCGAUCAUGGACGAAUCCUCAUCGGAUGAGUUCGAUGUGGUGGGCGAUACCGCAAGUCUUGACGACGGGGACGAAUUCGAUCCAGACUUCGCUGAAACACGCAGUCCUGGCAUCACCUCCGACGACAGUGGUUCAGAAGCUCUCUCAAUGCUCACUGGUUCCCUUUCUUCGUCAGCCGCCCUCUCCCCCACCACCGGUCGCGCCACCGGCCGCCUCAGUCCAGUCCACGAGACGCAUUCCUCUACUACAUCCUCUUCCCCCAACCGCAUCGGCCCCUACUUCGAGAUGCUUACCCCCUCGCCAAACACGCAGCGCGCCAACGACGCCCCCUACUACCCCCCGCGCAAGCUCGACCGCCCCGCCACCGAAUCCGGCGACGACGCCGAGCCCGCUCCCCCCGUCGAGACACCUCGGCCUGACGAUGGCAUCCUUACCUUCACGCGCAGCAAGGUGCCCCCCGCGCGCCCGCAGCGCUCCGCGCUUACAGCGAUGCUUGCGCAGGAGGACAGCUCGUCGAACCCGUUCGCGGAGCUGUACGCGGCGAUCUCGGGGCGCGGGCAGCCGGGCGCGAUGACCAUACCCGUUUAUUUCCCUCAUGCGACGAAGCCGAGGGGCAAGCCGCUGCAACUGUGUAUUCGGCGAGAUGCGACGGUGGAGGAGGUUAUUGGGUUUGCGCUGUAUACGUAUUGGAAGGAGGGUUGGGAGCCAAGGAUCGAUGCUGGGUUGUCGGGCGAGGACGAUGAGCGAUGGCAUGUGCGGGUUAGUGCUGUUGGUUGGAUUUUGCGCAUGGCGGAAGAGGACGGCGAGCCCGACGACGACUUCCCUGCACCCGACCGAAAUGGGAGGAUCAGCAAGUUCAUGUCUGACGCCUACGUCGUCAUGGAGGCGAAUCCGACACAAGUCCAACAGAACCUCGCCAUCGAGGCCAAGAUCCAACGCCGACCGUCGCGCGUCACCGCCAAUCAGCAGAACACCGCGAAAGCGCUGGCCGCUCCCACCUCGCUCUCACUGCCUUUGGGGUCCGCUAUGGCUGCAUCUUCUUUUGGCUCGCUCAACCUUUCGACAUCACUCGGACCGUCUUCGAGCCACGGCCCGCAGAUCUUCCUGCGCAUCCGCGUUGCCGAUACGGCGGAUGCGGUGCAUAUAUCCACGACGAUACCAGUCUCCGCCGGCAUGUAUAUGCAAGAAGCGCUUGAACUCGUCUGCCGCAAGCGCAAGCUCGACAACCCGAAGGACUACGCCCUACUGCUCGCGGACAUGAGCAUCCUCAUUCCGCUCGACCGCACCGUCGCGAGUCUGCAGGGCAAGCGCGAGCUGGUGCUUGUGAAGAAGAGCAUGCUGCCGCAGCUUGGGCACGAUCUGAUACAGGUGGCGGGGAAAACGACGGACCCGAAUGCGAGUAUCUUCAAACGCAUGUCGGAUACGCCAGAGAUGCAGCUGUCGUCUGCGCUGGACUACACGGCGGCGUACAAGAAAUAUGUGAUCCACCGCAAGAUGCCCAUGUUGGUGACCCGGCAGGAACGGGUCCUGGCCAUCGAUGGAGGUUAUAUACAUAUCAUGCCGUCCACGAACAAGCCGAAGGCCGUAUUCGACAGCUCGCGCACGGCGUCGUACCACAUCAAGAACAUCGUCGAGAUCUCGCAGUCGCACAAGAUGUCAAACUCGUUCAAGUUGAUCCUGAACCAUGCUGGGGGGAAGAAGCGGUACGACUUCGAGGCGGAGAGUGCGAAGCAGGCAGCCGAUAUUGUGCAGACUAUACGCAGCCUAAAGACUGCUAUCGACCGUUCGAGUACGCUCAAGUCGCGGCGAAGUCGGCACGUGGCCUAGCGACCUUGUUCUGUUUUUACAUAUUUGUGGACUCUUUCCAAGGACCUUCACUAUCUCUGUUUUCCUAUGGCAAUCCGUGGCAAUCCGCGUGCGGCACAGCGCAAUUAAUUCAGGUAAGUAAGUUACGA